AUGGAUUUACAUGGAAAGGCUGUAGUGGUAAUAGGCGCUACAACAGGGUUUGGCCAUCAAUUUGUAAUUAAAUGCGCUUCAAAGGGAAUGACGGUGUUUGCUGCCUGUAAUUCCCCUAAUGGUGUUCAAAAAGUAGUCCAAGCAACUUCCCACCUUUCUGGUUUCGUCCAUGCCCAUUCCCUCGAUUUAUCCUCAACAGAUUCUGUUGAAAAAUUCUUCCGUCAAGUAAUAAACCAACUACCUCCUGGCACAGGAAUACAUGCUUUAGUAAAUAAUGCUGGAAUUAUAAGGGCUGGGGCAGAUGAUUGGUUAGCUAUGGAGGAUUAUGAACAUGUUUUGAGAGUUAAUUUAUUGGGGCUAAUACAAAUAACUAAAUUAUUUAAAGAACAUAUUAAAUUAGCAAAAGGCCGUAUACUCUUCUGUUCGAGUAUAUGUGGAAGAAUUGCCUUUCCUUACUAUGGUCCCUAUACAGUAUCUAAAUUUGCAAUGGAAGGAUAUUGUGAUACAAUACGUCGAGAAUUAUCCCCUUUUGGAGUUAAAGUCGCUGUAGUAGAACCAGGCUAUUUCCGUACCCCAAUAACCAAUCCAGACCAUAUCCCCAAUGAAAUGGAGAAAUCAUUUAAUAAAUCAUCACAAUAUAUUAAAGAACAAUACGGACAUAAUUUUAUAUUAAAAAAUAAAGAAAUAGCCAAAAAUCAUUUAUCUUCUAAAGCAAACUCUCCAAGAGUUGAUUGGGUUGUUGAUGUGUAUGUUUUUUUUAUUAAUUUUUAUUCGAAAAAAUAUGAAGGAUUAAUUUAA